UGUCCAUAUUUCGUAGAAAAGAUUUUUAAGUUCUGGAAAGAGAAAAUAUGAUCUGAGAAUUGUUGUUUUAUUUAACCAUUGCUGUAGGUUUACUUACAACUAACCUCACCUCUGAUCUACACAACAAUACAAUUAAAGGCUUGAACCAUCAUCCUUAAAGACUGGUAAACCAUUGUGGCGAAAUGCACACAGGUUAAAGGUCAACGUUGUGCUGAGUCAUGUCGAUUUCAUAACCCAAUCUGACAUUUCUAUAACACAGAACGUUUGUGGUUCAGAACAAAUACAACCACUGUAACUUUUUAUGGGUGAGCUUCCAUGGCACUAGCCUUUUAAGGCCCUUUGAAGCUUGCAGUCGCUGACAAACCAGCAAGGAGAGUUUUCUUUAACAACAUAAUUAACGGCAAACACGUCAUGCGUGGUUACAGUGUGCUUGAAAAGCGUGGGAGGAGGACGACAGGGCGAGUCCGGGCCUCACAUAAUGGAGGGGAACAUCAGAGUGAAGGGCAUGUUGUACCUCCAACAGCAUCGGUUUGGAAAGAGAUGGAAGAAGAUGUGGUGCGUGCUGUAUGGUGAGAGCCGGUCCUCCGUGGCCCGGCUGGAGCUGUACGAGUACAAACAGGGCUCUGGGCUGCCCGCUGGGGCCAGCGGCGGUGGCCUAGUCGAGGGCCACAUGCUCCGCAGGCAGGACAGCAAGCGGGUGGUUCUGCUGAGAAACUGCAUCAGCGUGGAGGAGCUGGAGCUGAUGGACUGCCCGAGAGACUGCGUCUCCUUCCUCGUGGCCACCACAGAGAAGCGCUUCCUGUUCGCGGCGCUCUUCACGGAGUUCAGACACUGGAUCGCCGGGCUGUGUGAGCUGGCAUUCCCUAUAAACAGGGCUGAAAGCGGUGGGUUGGAUCCUCUUGUCAGGCAGCGGUCUUUGAGGGACACAUCACAUGCCAAGAUGGUGGAGAACUCGCUCUAUGAAAGAACAGAUAUUGCAGGUGACUUCCCCGUCUCGGUGGUGAGGACAGAGGCCUCGGACAGGUGGCAGCUACAAGGCGCUUACCUCCUGACACCCGGACAAGACCGACUCCUCCUGAAGGACCCCAUAUGCAGAGAGGUGCUCUUCAUCUGGCCAUAUUGCUAUGUCAGGAAAUUUGGUCAAGACACGUCCACUUUUUCCUUUGAGGCUGGACGCAGAUGUGAGUCUGGAGAGGGGGUCUUUGAGUUUACCACCAGCCGUGCUGAUAGCCUCUUCAGGAUUAUCAACACAGCCAUCACUUCCGCUCAAGGGACGCAAAGGCCCUGUUUACAUUCAUCCCGCAGCCUGUCAGUGGAGCAUGCUCCUGAACCCGAUACGCUCACGGCCCAGGUAAACGUGUACGACUAUCAGGUCCCAGAGAGCGUGCCACCGCCCCCAACACAGAGCAUACCGCCGAAGCCUGAUCGGCAGCUGAAAAGGCUAUCUCCCUCUUUCAGGAGCCUGUCGCUCAACGCCAUAAAACCCCCGAACAAAGACUUGGUGAGGAACAUCUCCAGCUGCCCUCCUCUCAAACAUCAGGAGCAGAAGGAGGUUAUCUACGCCCGGGUCGCCCGGCAGAAGCCACGAGAUCAGGCUUCCCAGGAGGAGGAGGAGGGGGGUGCCUGCAGCAGAGGAUGUGACAAGGCUCCGGAAGUCUCGCUGCAGGUUCCGUUUGCGCCAGGUGCGAGCUUCCCGCCACAUGGCGCCUUUGAAGCACCGCGGCCCGAGGGAAGACAAAACAGCGAGGGGGGCGAGGCAGAGACGGAGCGCCUCAUCAGAGACGUGCCGCACGAUCACAACGCUCAAUUAGACGCCGAGGGAACAGCUGACACAGACCACAUCUAUGACGACCCCGAGGGCUGCCUGGCUAGCCCUCAGUGGGAAGAGGAUUUUGUAGUUUAUGAUGAUCCGGAGGAGAUCAAAACUGACCCUAACCCUGACAUAGGUCAGGCAGCCACGGGGAGUGUAGUUCAUGAUGAGGAUAAAUUCCUAUACGACAACAUAAUGAAAUAGACAAUGAGAAACUGAUUAUAAUUUGUGCAUGUGUGAGUAUGUGUAUAUAUGUUAAUGUACAAAUGUGUAUGACUAUGCAUGUCUUUGUUCUUGUGCCUACUUAAGAGUAUAUUUAUAAUGGAGAUGUAGCGUGUAGUUGUGGUCCAUAGUCCACAUUAUUCAUAUUCAAAGCCUUAUUCUGGCUUGAUUGUGAGGAUAAAUUGAAAAAAGCUGCCGUAAUGUGUCAGGGGAGUACUUAUUACUGCUAGUAUCCAGUGCAUGCAAACAACGUGCUUAAUCAACAGAGCUGUGACCGUAGGGGACCACUCUCUCAUCCGUCGCAUUAAACUUCAUAAUCACAGCCACAGCCAGGGCACCUGCGGCUCCGAGCUGAUUGGGAGCCCGACCUGACUGAGAAUGAAGAUGUCACAGCGAGCCCAUUUAUCCUUGCUGCCCAUCACCCCCCCCCCCCCCCCCCAUUCCCGGGCCUUCAAACAUGACUUCCACCGGGGCUGGGGGCGGGGGACCACAGGGCCCACACCGACUGACAGAUGUGUGGAUGCACCACAGCGGGCUCUGGGAAGUGGCCCGAAAGCUGGUGUGCACAGUCAAUUAACAAUGAGGAACAGAGUCUGUGCAAACCUUUCACCCAGACAAGAAUGUGAAUGACCUUUUCAGUGUCAAUGUCCUCAGGAAGACAUGUCCAGGUUUUCAGUGAUAUUCUGAUAAGUGACUCACACCUUAGGAUAGCACAAAACACCUUGAACAAAAUAAUAUCUAGCUGGCCUGAAAUUUACAGUUUUGUACAGCCAGGUGGUCCAAGACGUGAUUUUAGCUGUUUCUUUACCAAUGAUUGUUAAAGGCCUUUGAAAAUGCAUGUAUGAAAUUGAAUGUUGCAAUUUCACAACAAACCUUCACAAUUUAUCUAGAACAAAUGCUGUCUGUCUUUGCAGUUUUCAAAUGGAAUAAAAACCAGCUGUGUAUGGUGGUGUAUGAAGAAAUCAGAUGUAAACAUCUUCAAUUAUUUCCCCACAGAGUAGGCUAGUAUCUCUGGCAGAACUUACAUCAAUCAUACACACAGGCACGCAUAGAUAAAUAAAGAUGGAUAGAUAAAGAGCCAGAAAAUUCUUAGUUGCAACACAUUUUACAGUUUCAUUUCAUCUGUUUUCUGAGGAGCAGAGCAUUCAUCACUCAAGCAUCAGUGCGUAAUUACACUUUCUCCAUGUAAUUGCAAUAGUAUACUCUAGGGGGCAGUAUUCCCUCUUCUCAUUGGAUAUGUGACAGCACUAACUUAGAAAAGUAUGGCAAACCUCCAGAACAGCAACUCUGUAUUCAGAGUCAAACAGCACAAUAUCACGAUCCAUUAGACACAAGUCACAAGAGUACCAUAUAAUUUUCUCAUGCUGUAAACUUCCUCUCAAAUUCCAUCGUGGACAAAUGAAUGCCACUGAACACAAAAUGAAAGUCACAAAUGAAUGAAUAAUAAGGGAAUGCUUUAUUUUUGAUGCUUUACUCUCCUGAUAGGCAUAAUAACAUCUCAAAGUAUUGGUUAAUAAAAAAAAAACGUCACUAU